GAAUAUGAUUUUAAUAGUGUAAGAUGUUAUCUAAUUUGUAUAAUUGUUUUCUCGAUUAUUAUAACACAAGAGCUUUUUUUGUUGUUAGUUGUUAGUAGCUUGAGUUAUUUGUAUCAUAUAUGAAAGUUGAAUAUUUAGUUACGAAAGUUUCAAUGAAAUGAGAAUAUUGGUGUUGACUAAUCUUCUAUGUUUAUAAAUGAUGAUCAGUUUUAAUGACUAUAAUGACUAUAAUUGUGCUCUUUUGUUUUUAGCAUAUUGGUGUUGACUAAUCUUCUAUGUUUAUAAAUGAUGAUCAGUACAUAUUACAAUCCAUUCAUACAGCUGACUAUUCUAAAUUGUGCUCUUUUGUUUUUAGCAUAUUUAGCCUAAAAGUGCAAAUACCUCACAGGCUCCAAUAUAUAAGUUACUUCAUGAAAAUAGAUUAUACACGAAAGCCGAAACCAAUUUUCUCAUAUUAUAUGUACAAACUGUUAAAUUUCUCAUGUAUUAGAUGAGAUGGGAUCUACUACAGAGAUCCAGUACUCAUUAUCCAUAUAGAUUAUAGGAUCAUCCGAUUAAAAAAAAAUCACUUUAGUUACAACUACCUUUGAAUUCAAAGCUCACAAUCCAUCAAAGAAGGACAAACAAUUUCCUUUUAAAACUAUAUAAUUCCUCCGACUAUUUCAAAUUUAAAAUUGUUUUCAUUUUCAGUAGCUAGUGGUAAUAUUUGAUCCUUAAGAGUUAGAAUGUAGUAAGAAAGAAUUCUAACACUAAUCACCAUGAGAAUUGGCUUUGUUCGAUCUUUCCCUUUUCCCGGAUUAGUCCGGUUCUCCUCACUUUCACGCUAUAUAUAUACAAGUUUUCCUGAAACCCUUUUUUGCUUUCUUUUAAGAUCUUUUCUUACAACUUGUGAAAUGAAAUUCUUACAACUUGUGAAAUUUUCAUGGCAUUUCCUCACUUUCACGCUAUAUACAAGCUUUUGUUAAAAAUUAACUACUUGCUUUAAUAUAUUUUCUUGCAACUUAUGAUGAUACUUUCAUGUCACUUUCUUUAUAAAUUCGAACAUGUAGAUGGAAUCUGACAAUUUGGAUGCUUAGAUCCGAUUUAAUCUGAUGAGAACAUCAUGGUUGAUGUGUAGUUUAACGGCGUAAUAAAUAGCGUACCAAAUUUUCAACCAGCAAUACAUUAUCACAUAUAGACACGUUUCCUGUCGGAAACCUUCUCCAAGAGAUGAGCAAUGUAAAAUAACUACGACAGGCAUUUAUUAAUCUUCGUUGAAGUUUAUUGGUUGAACAAAUGUUAGGCACACGUUAAGACAAAACAAAAAAUAACUGAUAUUUUACAAUGUUUUUAAGGUGACAAAGACUAUAUAUAUAAUGUAUCUUUAUAGAAGCAAGGACCUAAAGCCAUUAAUUCGUCAAUUUAAAAAUAUGUGAAUAUGGUCAAUGAUCAAAAACAUUGUUCAAAACAUUAGGAGUUAUAAAUCUAUCAUAAAUGGUACUGGCAAAAGCCAAAUGAAUUGAGGAAACACUCAUCGUUAUUUCUUCACAUUCUUCUAUCUCUAAUGGCCAAUAAGCUUUUGUAUUUGGUAACUUUGGGCAUAUUUUUGCUGUUUACGGUGUCACGUGUUUGGUGGGAAACCGCGAACGGACUACAAGUUUACAGGAGAAAAGAAUGGUCUGACAAGCUUUUCGAAUCUGGAUUUGCAUAUCUUCGCGUCGGAUUCCAUGAAGAUCAAAAGUAUUUUAGGUCCUGUUUUCUCCAAUAGAUGAUAAUUAGUACACAUACUUCUCAGUGUCGCGUUUGACUACAUUGCCGAACAAAUAUGUUUUUUUUUUGAGAAAGGGCAUAACAAAUAUGUAUUUUUAAGUAAUGUUCAUAUUUUUUUUUGGUUGUCUUGGGAUUCUUCCACAUAAAGACGUUCGUGUGUGGUGGAUCCGGGUCGGGCACAAAAGUCCAAUAGCUUGAGUCAAGCAUAUAAUACAAAAGAAGCUUAUACCAGAUAUAUAUAUUUGAUAAAAAAAUAAUAUAUAUAUAUAUAUAUUGCAAAUUUAAAAUAAUUAUUUGAUGUGUUUUAUAAUUAAGAAAGCUUAUUGGACCAGAUUCAAAUUAGUAUUUGAAUUAAGAUACUGUAAAUUCUAUUCUCUCUGUCCCAUUUAUAAGAUGCUUGGAAGUUAUUUUUUUUGUUUCAUUUUAUAAUAUGCUUUACAAGUUUCUAUGAAAAAAUGUAUUUUCAUAAUAAUUUGUAUUCUGUAUUACUUUUUAUUGGUUAUAUUAUUUUACAUUAAAUAUUAACGGAUUUUUUUUCAAUGUACUAAGCAAAAAUAAAUAUUAGUAUAUGCUAAAAAACUAUGCACAUUAGCCAAAAAAUAAUACAAUGGAACAAAUGUUUUUUUUUUGUUUUAAACCUUUCGAAGUUUUUAUAACUUUUAAUAUUGACCGAUAUUUCACUUUAUAUAUAUGUUUUUAGUAAAUCAUCAUUAUGCUUCAAUUCUUCUAACAUAAAUCCAUUUUCACAUCAGAUUUGAUAAAUAUUAGAAAUUAGCUGAUGCAAUGAUAUAUUUAAAUUAUUUUAAGAUAUUGUAAUUAUCUAUAUUAAAUCGUUAAGACUAUUUCUCAAAAAUGAUAUAUGACUUUUGAUCUUAUAAUAAAUAUGCUUCAAAUUUUAUUUUUCAAUUGUUACUGCUUAAGACAAAAAAGUUUAGAAAAAAAAUUGAUUUCUCAAAAUUUUGUCGUUUUGUUUGAUCUGAUAAACAAAAACUAUAAUUAUAUCCUUAAAAAUUAUACUUAUAAUUGAUCGAUAAACCCAUUGUUUGAUAAUUAUUCAUCUCUAAUAAUAAUAAUAAUAAUAAUAAUAAUAAUAAUAAUAAUAAUACAAGGGACGAACAGCCUUAGUCUGAACCUGGCUGCAGUGGAGCGUGGCUUGAGCGUAGACACAUAGCCUAUCAGAUAUUUAGGCAUGCCAUUAACAUCAACCAAAUCCACAACAAAUUUCUGUCAUGGAUGCACCGUGCACUGUCUUUUGCAGGUCGCUUACAGCUUGUUGAAUCAGUCAUAACGAGUACUAUAAAUUUUUGGAGCUCGCCUUUAAUUUAUCUUGCUUAAGGGAUGUAUUGAUAAAAUAGAGAGCAUGGGUAGUGCCUUUUUAUGGUCUGGAUCUCCAACUAUUACUCAUAAGGCUAAAGUUUAUUGGAAAAAUGUUUGUUAUCCUAAAGAAAAGUGUGGUUUGGGGCUUCGUCGACUCAGAGAUACCUCACGUGUAUUUUCCUUGAAACUCAUAUGGCGUUUAUUUUCUCAGUCAGGCUCGUUCUGGAUGGCAUGGACAAGAAAGUAUCUACUCAAGAACGGCACAUAUUGGGAUGCAAAGGACAGUGGUUUUGGUUCAUGGACUUGGCACAAGUUGUCGAAGCUGCGAACUUUUUGGCCUAUGAAUUUCUACGGUUUGAAAUUCAAAAUGGAAAAUCAGCAUCCUUUUGGUUUGAUGACUGGCUUGGCAUGGGGAAGC